CUAUAUUUUUUGAGUUAUUAACUAGUGCUCUUAGGACACUAAUUACAUGACCCCUCAACCACAUUAGUUUUUCCUUGACAGUUUUAGGGAUUAGAUUAACCAUUUUAAAAUGAUUAAUAUUAUUGAAGGUUUUUUUAUUUUGUCAUAUUAAUAAUUUAAGGAAUAAAUUGACAGUGUUAUAUAAUCAGAUUCUCUACCUCUAAAUUAUUGAUAUCUGAUCUUCACUGUUCCUUGUUAAUAUUAAGAUGAGCACUUCCUCUCAAUUUCUCUUCCUUUCACUCAUUGCCAUUUGGUUCAUAUCUUUAACAGCUUUUGCUGCUACUAAUAUUCACCAAGAUGAAAAGAAAGCUCUUGAAGAUAUAGCUAACUCACUUGGAAAGAAGGAUUGGAACUUCGAUACAGAUCCUUGCAGUAAUAAACCAAACUGGGUUACUAAGUUAGAGAACAAUGUCACCUGUAACUGCUCGGUAGCUGGUGACAACUUCUGCCAUGUUGUUGCAAUAACUUUGAAAGAGCAAAAUCUUCCCGGCACUCUACCACCGGAACUGAACAGGUUGCGUUACCUUCAAAUUAUUGACCUCUCUCGCAAUUACUUGAACGGUACAAUUCCUAAUGAAUGGGGCUCCAUGACGAAUCUUCUUAACAUUACUCUCUCCAGCAAUCGAUUAACUGGUUCAAUACCAACGGAGAUUGCAAAUAUAUCUACUCUGAUACAGCUAGACUUAACGGCCAAUCAAAUGUCUGGAAAUAUUCCACCUGAGCUUGGGAGUCUAACUCAGAUUCGAACACUGCAACUUUCCUCUAACAAUUUUACUAGAGAACUACCUGCAACGUUGGCCAAGCUCACUGCAUUGCAAGAUUUCCGAAUUGCGGACAACCAAUUGUCUGGAAAGAUACCUGGUUUUAUUCAAAAAUGGACAAAUAUCAAUACACUAGUCAUCCAAGGGAGUGGAUUAAGUGGGCCAAUUCCUUCUGAAAUUUCACUUUUGAGAAACUUGGUUGAACUGAGAAUUAGUGAUUUGAAUGGAUCUGAAUAUGCACCUUUGCCGCAACUUCAAAAUAUGACAUUGUUAAACAGACUGAUUCUGAGGAAUUGCAACAUCAAUGGAAAACUACCUGAAUAUAUUGUGAAAAUGACAACAUUAAAACACAUAGACCUCAGCUUUAACAAAUUAAGUGGAAUAAUUCCGAGGACCUAUGCUGACAUGAGCAAUGCAAAUUACAUAUUUUUGACUGGAAACCUUCUCACUGGACCAGUGCCUCCUGUUUGGGGAAAGAAUUCCGACGUAGAUCUUUCAUACAAUAACUUCAGCAUUAGCCAAGAGAGUCAGAUAUGUCAAGAUGAAAAAGUGAACUUGUUUUCUACUUCAUGGGCACGCAAUGACAUAGUAGAUUCGUGCUUGAGCUUUCAAUGUCACAAACACUCAUACUCCCUUCAUAUAAAUUGUGGUGGACAUCAAGCAACAGUCAACAGAACAAGUUAUGUUGGUGAUUCAGAUUCAUCUGGACCAGCUAGAUUCGACGUCAGUCCAACAGAAAAUUGGGCCUUUAGCAGCACUGGUCAAUUCGUUGAUAGUGAUCUACUUGGAAAAACGUUUUCCCCGCAAAGUAUAUCGAAACUUACUAUGGUGGAUUCUGAAUUGUACAUGAAUGCACGGGUUUCUCCUAUUUCUUUGACUUAUUAUGGGUUUUGCCUCGCAAAUGGAAGCUACACCGUAAAUCUACAUUUUGCGGAAAUAAUGUUCACAGACGAUCAAACUUAUAGUAGUCUUGGAAGGCGUGUAUUUGAUAUCUAUAUUCAGGGAAAGCAGGUGCAAAAGGACUUCAAUAUUGCAGAAGAAGCGGGAGGAGUUGGUAAAAAGGUCGUAAAAUUGUUCAAAGAUGUUGCUGUUACUAGUAAUACCUUGGAGAUCCGUUUAUAUUGGGCUGGAAAAGGGACAGAGUAUCUCCCAAAUAGAUCAGUAUAUGGUCCUCUUAUAUCAGCUAUAUCAGUGGAAUCUGAUUUGGCACCUGGAAGCAUAUCUGCAGGUGCUGUUGUUGAAAUUGUCGUAGCAGCAACAAUCAUUAUCAUUCUAUUAUUUGGUAUACUUUGGUGGAAAGGAUGUUUUGAAAAGAAAAACUCAUUGGCAAGAGAGCUGAAGAAUUUAGACCUUCAAACGGGUUUAUUUACCUUGAGACAAAUCAAAGCAGCAACAAACAACUUUGAUAUUUCAAAUAAGAUUGGCGAAGGAGGGUUUGGUCCUGUGUACAAGGGAUGUUUACCCAAUGGGACGUUGAUAGCGGUCAAACAACUUUCUUCUAAAUCAAAGCAAGGGAAUCGUGAGUUUUUAACUGAGAUAGGAAUGAUUUCUGCUUUGCAACACCCAUAUCUUGUUAAACUAUAUGGCUGUUGUGUGGAGGGUGAUCAGUUGUUGCUGAUAUAUGAAUACUUGGAAAACAAUAGUCUAGCUCGUGCUUUAUUUGGUCCAGAGGAACAUCAAAUAAAAUUAGAUUGGCCAACAAGGAAGAAGAUAUGUGUUGGUAUUGCUAGAGGUUUGGCAUUCCUCCAUGAAGAAUCAAGACUGAAGGUUGUUCAUAGGGACAUCAAAGCCACAAAUGUUUUACUUGAUAUGGAUCUCGAUCCAAAGAUAUCUGAUUUUGGUUUGGCCAAGCUUGAUGAGGAGGGCAAUACUCACAUUAGUACUAGAAUUGCUGGGACCUACGGAUAUAUGGCUCCUGAAUAUGCAAUGCAUGGUUAUUUGACGGACAAAGCAGAUGUUUAUAGUUUUGGAAUUGUUGCCUUGGAGAUCGUUAGUGGAAGGAGCAACACCAUGCAUCUGGCAAAGGAGGAAGCAUUCUAUCUUCUUGAUUGGGCACAUUUAUUGAAAGACAGAGGUGACCUAAUGGAGCUAGUUGAUAGGCGAUUAGGUUCAGAUUUCAACAAAAAGGAAAUUAUGGCGAUGAUCAACGUUGCUCUCCUAUGCACCAAUGCCACUUCAAACCUUAGGCCGUCUAUGUCGUCAGUGGUAAGUAUGCUUGAAUUAAGGACUGUGGUUCCAGAAUUUGUUUCAGAUUCAAGUGAAGUAAUGGAUGAAAACAAGAUGGAAUCAAUGAGGCAGCAUUACUAUCAGACGGACGAAAAUAAGGUAAGUAAGUCACAAACACAAAGUGAGAGUUUAUCAAAUGAUAGACCAUGGACAGCUACAUCUUCAUCAGCUGUAGACCUUUAUCCUGUCCACCUUGAUUCUUCCUAUUGGGAGAAAAGAUAUUGAGAGUGUUUAUUGAUAAAUAAUUGCAUCUACCUGCUUGAUGUCCCGCCACUUUAUCUUCAAAACUGAGUACUACCUUCGACUCUAUUUAUAAGUCUCUUUUUUGCGCUCUUUACAUUCUAUUAAGAAAAGUUGAUAAUAUAAUUAACGUGUAAAUCAGCAUCCAUUUUGAUGAAUGCAGACUGCACAUAUUAUUUUGAUAGUAUAACACCAUCAUCUUUGUUGGAGAAAAUGAUGAAGAUACCAUGUAAAUCAUUAGCUUAAUAACUGUAUCCAUCAUAUAUUGAAAUAUGCAAAUCAAUAGGGCCAUUUGAUUCCAUUA